UAGAGUCAUUUCUUAGAUGACAGCAUGGAACAAAUGGACGUUGAUGUUGACCUUACCGCCAAGCCGAGCACAUCAGCCUCAGCGGCAGCAACUUCAUCCGCUGGCGAUGCUGCCAGCAACAAACAACAGCAAAUCAAAGGCAAUAUUAUGGCUGCGUCUGGUACAAUUGCGUCGGUAACAAUUUCAUUGCAUCCAUUGGUCAUAAUGAAUAUAUCGGAGCAUUGGACACGCUUCCGGGCACAGCACGGCGAGUCACGUCAAGUGUAUGGCGCACUGAUAGGCAAACAAAAGGGUCGCAACAUCGAGGUUAUGAAUUCGUUUGAGCUCAAAACCGAUGAAAUUGCGGAGGAAACAAUCAUCAACAAGGACUAUUAUAACAAGAAGGAGCAGCAGUACAAGCAGGUGUUCAGCGAUCUGGACUUCAUUGGCUGGUAUACAACGGGCGACAGUCCCACUGCGAGCGACAUAAAGAUUCAAAAACAAAUAGCCGAGAUUAAUGAAUGUCCCAUCAUGCUGCAAUUGAACCCAUUGCCACGCAGCGUGGACCAGCUGCCUGUUAAGCUAUUCGAAUCGCUAAUCGAUCUGGUCGACGGCGAGGCCACCAUGCUAUUUGUUCCGCUUACCUAUACACUGGCCACCGAGGAGGCCGAACGCAUUGGUGUGGAUCAUGUGGCACGCAUGACCACAAACGAGUCGGGCGAAAAGAGUGUGGUCGCUGAGCAUUUGGUUGCCCAGGACAGCGCCAUUAAAAUGUUAAAUACGCGCAUUAAAAUCGUUUUGCAAUACAUCAAAGAUGUCGAGGCGGGCAAGCUAAAGGCGAACCAGGAAAUAUUGCGUGAGGCGUAUGCCUUGUGCCAUCGUCUGCCCAUAAUGCAGGUGCCCGCCUUCCAGGAGGAGCUCUACACACAAUGCAACGAUGUGGGCCUGAUCAGCUAUUUGGGCACGCUGACCAAGGGCUGCAACGAUAUGCAUCAGUUUGUCAACAAAUUUAAUAUGCUUUACGAUCGUCAGGGCUCAUCGCGGCGCAUGCGUGGCCUCUAUCCCUAAGCGGACAUAUGGAGAGAUAUUUAUUUUAUAUAUAUUCUGAAUUGCUGCCGAUUAAAUGAAAAACACCACAA